AUGGCCCUCAAGAAAAUUACUCCUACCGUGACUAAGAAGUACCGCUCCAUAGUUGGCAAACCUGGCGAAAAGGGCACCUCCAAGAUCGAAAGCUGGUUUUCGAAGGGGCAACAACCGGGCACCGACAACGAGGACCAGCAAUACGACGUCGCCAAAGCUCUGGAAUCUCAUGUCGCCGCUAACGAACACGAUGAAGUGGAUCUGGGCAAUGUGCAGCAACAAGACGCUGCCCCAGUCUCCNACUAUGAUUCAUUCGGGGUGUACAAGGUGUCCUCGUAUCUUUCAGAGUUCCGCUUUAGUAGACUGGGGCGUUCGUCGCACAAUCGGAUGGCGAGAUUGUGA